AUUGCAGGGCUGCAAUCCCUGUUUUUUUUCUCCCUCCCUCCCUGAGAAAUACCAGAAAACACAAGGUCUGUGGAGACCACAUUGUUUGGCUGUUUUUUAGCUGGAAACUCCUCCCUUUAUCACAUGGGAAAGGGGGUAAGGUUCAAGUAAUAGCAUGUGUACCCCACUAUGUGUUUAACGAGGACCGGUUUGGUUCCCUGGAUGGAUGUUGGCACGAUCUCCAGCUAACUUGGUUCAGCACCAUGACCGAUGGAGACUAUGACUAUCUUAUCAAGCUUCUGGCCUUAGGGGACUCAGGUGUGGGGAAGACCACGUUCCUUUAUAGAUACACUGACAACAAGUUCAACCGCAAGUUCGCCACCACAGUUGGGAUUGAUUUCCGGGAAAAGAGAGUGAUGUACAUGGGAACAGGCUCUGGCGGGACCACAGAGAGAAGUUUUUCUGUUCACCUGCAGCUUUGGGACACAGCUGGGCAGGAGAGGUUUAGGAGUCUUACCACGGCCUUCUUCAGAGAUGCUAUGGGCUUCCUGCUGAUGUUUGACUUGACCAAUCAGCAGAGUUUCCUCAAUGUCCGAAACUGGAUGAGUCAGUUGCAGGCCAACGCCUACUGUGACAGUCCAGAUAUAGUGUUAGUUGGCACCAAAGCAGAUCUUCAAGACCAAAGAGAUGUAAAUGGACGCCAAGUUAGAGAUCUGGCAGACAGAUAUGGCAUCCCCUACUUUGAGACUAGCGCGGCCACGGGUGCUGACGUGGACAAGGCGGUGACCAGCCUGCUGGAGCUGGUUAUGAGGCGCAUGGAGCAGGGCAGCGAGGGGGCUGGGGCCUCGUCUGACGCCCCCAACGGGAGCUCAGUCACCAGCCAUCAAGAGGAGGUAGCCCCACAGAGAAAAUGUGCCUGCUGAAAUGUUACCCUGAGUUGCUCUCUUCUCCAAAUGCCCAUGCAGUACACAUUGUCUAUAUACAGAGUAUUCUAGAGAGCUUCCCGGUUAUCAAGUUUAGUUGUGUGUAAAAGGUUGGCCCGUGCAGAUUUAUCUAUGAACAUGGUGUCAUAUGUAUACAGUUUGAAUAAAGUGAAUGUAUAUUUGGAUUUGGAGAUGCUUCACAGUUAACAUUUUUAUCCACAACUUGUAAUUAGGACAUGCUACGUGUUUUAAGGAUAAUGUUGAAGAAGAUCAGUAGGAUUCUCAAAAAUAGAGUCGGACACAAAAUAUCUUUCAAAAGGCAAGGUGGCUUGAUGGUAUAUUCAGCACGGCAGCAUUGGUACAUGGAAGGUUCAAAAGGCAUUCCUACUUCGUUGGACAUUUUAUUAUAUAGACAGAUAUGAGGAACAAUCCCCUGCCCUGCCUGCUACAAUUUCAAAACCUUCUAGAAGGUUCUUUAACCUGUUCAUCUCCACCCCAAACCUGCGUUCGCAUCCCUGGCUCUUAAAGUGUUGAUGCACUCUCUUCACCCCAGAAGCCCCCACUUAUACAUGUUCUAGUUUCUUCUCAACUGUAGUUCACCUCAGCUCUCAGUCUCCAUCCUCUCAUGCUUAACCCAUUCCUCUAUCUUCAAUCUCCCCUUCUCUGGCUCCUGCUCUAUGGGUUUCUCCUUCUAAACUUUGGCAAGUUUAGAAGGACAACUUUGUUUUGCUAUUGAGACACUCGCACACACCAGUCUCCCCUAAUGCUGACUCACACUUGCCCCCCUUUCUACUCACUGUUAUAGGGAGCCUUGCCUGUCACUUUUGAGACAUGACUUUGGUCCUUUAAGGUACUUAUAGCUCUAAAGUCCUGACCUUCUGAUUGUUUACAGCUGUAAGCUAUCUGCACCCCCCCCCCUCAUCCAUGCUAGACAAUCUCGUUGAUUUCUGUUGAUUUUUGAACUCUUUGUUAUGCAAGUUCUUACUCAUAACAGGCCACACUUCCUCCAAACACACACUCGUUCCCAUCCUCAAGCCUGUUCUUUGGUGUAAUUCUUACUGCGUAGGUCUCAAUAUCUUUCUUAGGCCCCCUGACCUGACCCCUGUAUACCUCACCGGUUGCCACCCUGCACAAUAAUUGAGAUUCCACAACAAUACCAAGACUUGAAUAUUGAAGGAAAAAAAAAAUGUUUUUAUUUGAAACAUUGAGACAUGAUGGGAGGACAACGCAGGCACAUUCGUACAUGUAUCACUGAAUAUAAUCUGACAUUUAUGCAAGUCAUUCAGAGUUAUUGUUAAAUUUUUAUACAUAAAUGAGAUAACUUGAUGAUAAUGUUAGAUUAGCCAAACAUGACAAAGUCCCUUACAUAAAUCAUUAAUUUUGUAUGAAUAUAUUGACUGCUACUAUUGAUUAUUUAUGGAACUUAAUUGUCAUGCACAUAGAGUAGGUAAAGUAAGAAAAAAGUUCCAAGACCAUGAAUUAACCUGUAAUAUCUAUAUACUUAAAUACUUAUUUAAGUAUAUGUGAAAAAUCUAUUGUUCUUACAUACGAACAUUCCGAGAGUAAAUGCUAUAAAUUGAAAUGCUGAAACAGAAUUUUGAAUAAAGUUACUGUCAGUA